AAAAGUUUUUCCUUUUUUCCUUGACACAAUUUAACAUGAGCGAUUUGCACGGAUUGGAAGAAAAUGAUGAUGAUUACGUUCCUUACGUACCAGUAAAGCAACGUCGAUUAGAGAAAUUACAUAAAUAUGCAACGCAACGUAGGGCCACCGAUUCACAAAACGAAGACGAUAAUGAGGAUGAGGAUGUAAUCGUAGCUGGUCCUAGAGCCAAUAUUAGUUUAUUGGAUCAGACUGUUCAACAAAAAUUAUCCAAUUUGAUUCCAGAAAAAACCGAGGAGGAAAAACAUUUGGAAGAGGAAAAGCGUAUCGAAGAGGCUCAAGCACGUCACAAAGCUUUAGUGUCAGUUCAGGACGCAGCUAUGGGUACGCAGUACACAGAACCUAUCCAAACUUCCUGGGAGCCACCUCAUUUUAUUCGUAAUAUGACAGAGGAGGAGCAUCAAGCAGUACGCGACAAAUAUCACAUCCUUGUCGAAGGCCUGGACCCAGUGCCACCUAUUAAACAUUUUAAAGACAUGAAAUUCCCUGAACCAAUCUUGCAUUAUUUAAAAGAAAAGAAGAUUGACAAUCCAACACCUAUUCAGCUGCAAGGCUUACCAGUCGCAUUAAAGGGCCGUGAUAUGAUUGGUAUCGCUUUUACUGGAUCAGGCAAAACAUUGACUUUUUCCCUCCCUUUGGUAUUGUUUGCAUUAGAGGCUGAAACUAGAUUACCACUGAUUCAAGGGGAAGGCCCUGUCGGUAUGAUCAUUUGCCCAUCUCGAGAAUUAGCAAGACAAACUUUUGAUGGAUUAAUAAGCAUGUCAAAAGCACUUUCAGACGGCGGCUACCCUGAGUUAAGAUCGCUCUUAUGUAUCGGUGGUAUUAAUAUGAGGGAUCAAGCAGAUGUCCUCCAGAGGGGUAUUCACAUGGUGGUGGCCACCCCUGGCAGAUUAAUGGAUUUACUUAAUAAGAAAAAGUUUAAUUUGGACAACUGUAAAUUUCUUUGCAUGGAUGAAGCAGAUAGAAUGAUUGAUAUGGGGUUUGAAGAUGACGUUAGAAAUAUUAUGUCAUACUUUAAGAGUCAACGUCAAACAUUAUUAUUUUCGGCUACUAUGCCCAAAAAAAUUCAGGAUUUUGCUUUAUCGGCACUAGUUAAACCUUUAGUGGUAAACGUAGGUCGUGCAGGUGCUGCUAAUUUGGAUGUUAUUCAAGAAGUCGAGUAUGUGAAGCAGGAGGCCAAAAUGGUGUAUUUAUUGGAAUGUUUACAAAAAACUCCUCCUCCUGUACUCGUUUUUGCUGAAAAUAAAAACGAUGUAGAUGAUAUUCAUGAAUACUUUUUAUUAAAAGGCGUGGAAACUGUUGCAAUCCAUGGUGGAAAAACGCAAGAAGAACGUGAAUAUGCAAUUCAGUCGUUUAAAGAUUAUCGGAAAGAUGUAUUGGUGGCAACAGAUGUUGCAUCCAAAGGCUUGGAUUUCCCCGAAAUUAAACAUGUCAUAAACUAUGAUAUGCCCAAGGAGAUCGAAGAUUAUGUGCAUCGUAUUGGUCGUACAGGUCGAAGUGGUAAAACUGGUGUGGCCACUACUUUUAUUAAUCAACACUGCUCGGAACAGAUUCGUUUGGAUUUGAAACAUUUGCUGAGGGAAGCUAAACAACGUAUCCCACCUUUUCUUGCAGCAAUGGAGGAUCCUUCGGAUAAAUAUGGUGGUUUGGCUGGCGGCUGUUCAUUCUGCGGUGGUCUCGGCCAUCGAAUCAACGAUUGUCCCAAAUUAGAACAGCAACGAAGACAGCAAAUGAACUCCAUAAUGAGUAGUAGAAAUGCUGGUGGAGGUGCUUUUUAAUAAAAUAUAACUGCCGUCGUACCACUUUUUUGUUUUGAUUGUCAAGUGAUGGGUAUUGCGGCGCCGCCCCGUUGCAGGUUCUUUUUCAAUGACCUGGAACUUUCUCGAAACCGACUGGCUGCUUCUAUUACUAAAUAAGGAAAGCUUCUUGAGAAAAAAGGGAACUUUUUGGAGCUUAAACCUUAAACCGUUUUUAAAAGAAAAACAACAAGAAUUUUCUUUUUUCCCU